AUGACCACGAUAAUAAUCAUAUACCCUUUUACCUCAGGUCAACCGGAACCGGUACGGAACUGUGCGGUGACCAAUCACUCAAUGACCACGUUAUUAAUCGACUGCACACCUGGCGAUGAUGGUGGUCUGCACCAACACUUUUACCUAGAAGUGUACGCCACAGCCAUUCAAAAUCUGCACACAAACCUGAGCUCUAGCGCACACCCGGCCUUCACCGUAACGAGUCUACAACCGGGCACUCAGUAUACGCUAGUGCUGUACGCGGCCAACGCCAAGGGGCGCAGCCAUACCGUGUCGUUAACCGCCGCCACGCUAUCGCCGCCCGAGAAACACAUUUCUAAUGGGAGUUUUGAUCAGAUUGUGGUGAAUCCAGUAUUGGGUCUAUUGAUAGCAUCGGUCGCAUCACUCGUACUGAUUGUCAUUAUUGUUGUGGUUGUCAUCAAAAUCCGGUCCAAUAAUCGACGAUAUGAUGCCAAACGCACCGGUAUUACAAAUAAUGGUAAAGGCAAGUCAUAU